AUGACCAGUGGUUACCACGCAACACAGUUUGCAUCUCCAGACGGUACACGUCAUCUUACAUUCAAACGACCACUUAUCACGUUCACGCGCAGUGAGCAUGAGAAUAAGAUUGGCACAGAUCUGAUUCGUGGAGUUUCUGGCGGUGAGCGCAAAAGAACCAACAUCGGGAUGGAAUUGAUCACCGAUCCAUCCGUCCUGUUCCUGGAUGAACCGACCACCGGAUUAGACGCAUUUAUGGCCGGUCAGGUGAUCAAAACAUUGAAAACCUUAUCCCGUCGUGGAAGAACUAUCAUAUUCUCAAUUCAUCAGCCGAAAUAUUCCAUUUACAAAUUGUUCGAUACCCUCACCUUGGUCAAUCGGGGACGUUUGGUCUAUCAUGGUCCGGCAAAGCAUGAACCCAUCAGAUACUUUAUCAGAUUAGGCUACGAAUGCGAGAAUCACAACAAUCCUCCGGAUUUUUUCUUGGACAUUUUGCACGGUGAAGCACCACAACGACAGGCAAUAAAUGGCGUAGGAGACUUUCAACAAACGUUGGAAGAUCCGGAACAAAUGCAUCUGGUCGGUGAACGAUUGGUUCAGGAGUGGAAUCAGUCACCCGAAUGUGAAAGCAUCAUGAAAGAAGUGAACGCGAUCGCAAACAAUCUGGCCGAGGACGAGGAAAGUAAUCAUCGUCACCGCCAUCAUCGCAGUAAAAUGCAUCGAUCCCAUGCGGCCGAGAUUAGUUAUGCCGUCCCUUUUUGUCGACAACUGAACAAAGUCUGUUGGCGUACUUCGCUCGGCUUGUUACGUGAUCCAUUGGCCUCCGUCGUGCAAACACUGGUCUAUUUGUUCUUUGCUAUUGCCAUGGGUACCGUGUAUUUCAAAAUGAACACUUCCCUAGAAUCCGGUAUUCAAAAUCGUGCCGGUCUGUUCUUCUUUACCACGCUUCAAGUGGUGUUUGUCAAUCUGGGCUCAAUCGAACUGUUCAUCAAAGAACGUGUAUUAUUCAUACAUGAGAACUCCAGUGGUUACUAUCGUGUAUCAGUUUAUUUCUUUUCAAAAAUCCUGUGUGAUAUAGUCCCGACCAAAGUCCUCCCGGUUAUUCUGUUCAUGCCUAUUUGUUAUUGGAUGUCUGGAUUGCGUGCGGACGCGGGUGCAUUCUUCUUCUUCGAGCUCAUCCUCAGUCUGACCACAUUGGCCGCUGCCGGAAUCGCUUUGUUCAUUUCGGCGAGUUUCACACUGUUCGGAAUAGCUAACGUGCUUGUCUCGAUCAUCUAUGUGUUUAUGAUGGUUUUCGGUGGAUACCUGAUCAACUUGAAGUCCAUGGGGGCCUGGUUGAGUUGGCUACGUUACGUAUCUAUUUUUCGGUAUAGCCUCGGUGGGCUCAUGGUGAUGGAAAUGAAACCCCUGCUAUUCUGCCCGAUCACCAACACAUCUACAGCCACCCAAACAGACACACGUCAAUGUGAAUCGGGAGCACAAUACUUGUACGAUCAAGAUAUUCCGUACAGUACUGUGUGGGACUUGUGGCUGAAUGUUCUCGGUCAAUCGGUGAUUACCGUUGUGUUUUACAUUCUUUGCUACAUGCAACUUCGUCUGAUAAAGAAAUACAAAUAA